CUUGGCGCAAAAAUGUCACAGGACAAGCAUCGUUUUUCUUUACUUAGAGAAAAUUUGUUCGUUACUGACUCUUUAGGUACUUAGAGACAACGAUGCUGUCCAGGACCAUCCUAGUCGUGCUGUUGUUGGUGCUGGUGUUGUGGCCGGACGGGUCGCAGUCGUGGCGCCGCCGCCGCCGCAGACGAUGUCCUCGGGUUAACUGCCAGUGGUCCGGUUGGUCCGGCUGGUCCAGCUGCUCUAGGUCGUGCGGGGCGUACGGUACCCAGUCCAGGACAAGAUACGUUGCUGUCCACGCCCGAUGUGGAGGCAGUGGUUGCAGCGGACCGAGCUACCAGAGUCAGGCCUGUAACAGGCGGUGUUACAACAGUGGCUAUAUAUCCGGCAACCGCUGUGUGUGCAGGUCGGGGUACACCGGGACCUGCUGUCAGAGUGACAUCAACGAAUGCAGUAGCGGUAACGGUGGUUGUAGCCAUACCUGUUACAACACGCAUGGCAGCUACUACUGCCGCUGUAGGACAGGAUAUCGCCUGUCAGGCUCCAGGAGCUGUGUGGACAUCAACGAGUGCAGCAGCAACAAUGGCGGCUGUAACCAAAUCUGCACGAACAAUGCAGGGAGCUACCGGUGUUCCUGUAGGGCUGGAUACCGACUGUCAGGCUCUAGGACUUGUGUCGACAUUAACGAGUGCAGUACGAAUAACGGCGGCUGUAGCGGAACCUGCACCAACAUUGUUGGGGGUUACUACUGUUCCUGUCUGCCGGGGUACCGUCUGGCGAGCUCUGGGCCGUGCGUGGAGUUUACAACCAAAGCGGUGGACCUGGUCUUCCUGAUCGCCCGUCCACGUUCCUCCGUCAGCAACAGUGACGUCAAGAAGUUUAUAAAAAGCGUCGUCUCCGCGCUCAACGUCGGACAGACCGCCGCCCGGGUAGCCGUCAUCGAGUACACGUCACUCAUGCACAGCCACUUUGAUCUGCCGACUCACCUCACCAACGCACAGGUGAACUCUGCUAUAGACCGUAUCCCGAACUGGAGCACCACAAGUUACAGGAAGACGGGCAACGCCAUCAAAUAUGUCACCGACUACCUGUCAUGGCGAAACGGUAUUCCCAAAGUCCUCGUGGUCAUCACGGACUCAACAUCGAAUGACUACGUAACCGGUCCUGCCCAGAGCGCUAAGAACGCGGGCCUGAUCCUGGCCUCAGUGGGAGUGGGAAACAGCAUCAGCAGCAGCGAGCUGCGCGGCAUCGCCACCAACAGCUCCUACCGCUACACGGUCAGCUCGCACACAGACAUCGUGGGGCUCAUGGCCGUACGGGACCAGCUGCACCGCAGGCUGGAUGCUCUCGGAACCGAAGUCUCCCUGGAAGUGACCUGCAACUCGGGGUCGAUCUCCGUGAAGAUGGAGAAAAGCUCUCUGACGUCAUUCCAGAUCAGCUCGGCACGGGAUCUGCAUCUUCAACAGGCCACCUGUCUCGCAAGGGACGCCGGGAACUACUACACAUUCAACAUCGCAAGUCUAUCGGCUUGUGGGACGGAGAAAGAACAAGACGGCGACCACUUCGUCUUCACCAACACCAUCAACAGCAGGAUCCCGUCCGGCGUGCAGGUCUGGCGCGGCAAGCUGCUGGCCGUGAACGUCACGUGUCGCUACCCGGUGGACCUGAGCGUCAGUCUGACGGGUGGCAUCAACCCUGUCGUCACCACGGAGACAUUUACGGUAGAAGGCAGCGGCGAAUUCCGAGUGACCAUGGGGCUGUUCCAGAGCCCCACCUUCGGCACGGCGUACUCCACAACUCCGUCCAUCACGCUGGAGGAUGACCUGUACGUGGGACUGAACCUGCAGGGCGUCAGCCACUCCGAACUGGUCCUCAGGCUCAGGAACUGUUGGGCAACGCCGACCAACAAUGCGGACGACACGAUCCAGUACCCAAUAACGACCGACGGAUGUGCCAACGCCGAAGACGGGACCGUCUACAUCAUGGAGAACGCGCAGUCGAAGCAGGCGCGUUUCCGAGUGCAGAUGUUCCGUUUCGCGAGUCACCCCCGGGUGUACCUACACUGUACCAUCAGCGUGUGCGACCAGGUCAGCCCGGGGGCAUGUGCACCGACCUGUGCCACGCGCAGCGGCCGGCGGUGGCUCCCGUCCACCCAACCCGAGGAGGCAGCGGGGAGAGAGCGGCGGUCGGUCGGGGACACCCGAGUCACCAUCUCGUCCGGGCCCAUCGUACAGGAAGGCGUGGACGACGAUGACGAGCCGUCUCCUGUCGUCCUCGCCCUUGGCGGCGUCCUGGGUACCGUCUGUGUCGCCGCGCUGGCCGUCGUCGGAGUCAAAUUCGCCGGGAAGGUCGCUGCCAAGUCCACCGUGGCUCCAAGCACAGCAGCAAGCAGCGCGGGAGGACACCCCGGCGGCGGGGCGUCUACUGGGGAUGAGCCUCCACCGUACUCUGCCGCUGCGCCCGCCUCUAAAGUCGUUACUUCCAAGUUGGGAAUGGGCGAUGAUGGUUUUGUGUCCAGCUUGCCGACUGUCAAAAUCUAAGCCGAAAAGCAGUCUACAGUGUAGCCGGUAUCCGCCCCUCGGCGUAAUACUUGGAGAACAAAACCGUCUAUGGUCUUUAUUGUUAGUUUUGAUGUGAUGUGUUGUUUUUAUCUGUAUAGCCGGUAUCACACUAGCUUGGACGCACUAUGUGUUGUGACGUACUAUGUAAAUACACAACAAACUUGCAACUUUUGUCAACAAGUCAGAUCUACACUCAUCUGUAUUUUUUUCUAAAUUUAAGUCUUGAUUUGUUGUAUUGUAUCCACUCUUGAGACAUCUCAAGCAGUAGUGAAUGAGUUGUUAAGACACGAGCCCAAGGGUUUCACAAAACCUAAGUGAUGAUUUCGAAUAAUAAAAUAAAUCAACCUGCAAU